GCCGAGAACGAGGCGCGCAGGGAUACGAAAACGAAACCAAACUCUAAAGUAGACUGAACAUAAAAGAAAGCUACAGUUUAGAGAGUGUGUUGUGAUUCGAGACUUGCAGUGAACCUCAGCCAGAGUCAUGAGCUGCAGAAAUUUAUUGCUCGGCAUAUGCUUAGUCUCUUUGACGCUGCUUACGGCGCAUGCGGACGUCUCACACCUGCGCAAUGGCCUGGAAUAUUCAAUAACGCCGAGCUCACAGGUGGCCUAUUACCACUAUCCGACUCCCCAGCGUGCACAGCCCCGCCUGGGUAGUCCACCACAGCGUCCGCAACAACAGCGUCGCUAUCAAGCGGCACCACCGCAUCAUCAGUCAGUCGUACGACAAUUUACAGAACCUGCCCUCGAUCAUGUCGCCUUCACGCAGGCGCUGACAAGUCAAGGUUAUGUGUUUGGCGCUGCUUCGGCGCCCCUAGCCGCAAAUACACCGCCCUCAGUCGGUUCAUCUCCCUCAGGUCGUGCCCUUGGCUCAUCGGCUGCCGUCGAUGCCAACUCGCUGAACGUUAAGCUGCCCGUGCCCUUUGGCAUCACGCCGCUGAAUGUGGCGCAGUUGCCCCUGCAAGCGGGUGCCCCCUACUCCACAGUGUCGCACACCACCGGACUGACAUCGUACGGCACGCCGGAGAUUCAACGCCGAUAG